ACAUAGAACUAUUGAGUGCAAAAGUAUUGACUAUUUUAUCCGGACCUGACCCCUGGAUAUAGUCUAGGUACUAGGGAGAAUCUAGGAUUAGCCUAAUGGCGAAAUAUAAGAACUAUUAAUUUUUUUUCUGUAAAUAUUGAGUUUGAGAUUACAUAUAAAUAUGGAUAAAACACAAGUUAAGGCCAUGUUAGAUGGACUUAAAUCUUCAACUUCAAAAAUAAUCCAAGAGUCUUUAUUAAAAAUUAAGUCAAUGAUUGUUAAUUCUGAGAAAGGAGCUAAACUCUUCAGGGAAUGUAAUGGUUUUCCUUACCUGGUACCACAUUUGCUGAAACCAAAUGAAAAUAUUCUGAAUCUAACAUUAAGUAUCCUGGGGGACCUGUGUCUAGAUCAGAAAAACUGUAUGGCUAUUGGAAAAUUGAAUACGUAUGGACCUUUGGUAACGAUAUUAAAUACGGUAUGUCGCGAUAGCAUUCUAGGGAGGACAUCCCGUUUAAUUGGUAAUUUGGCUCGUGACAGGAGUAAUGCUGAAAAAUUUUUUAAUCACGGCACGGUAAAAGCGCUGAUGGCCAUUAUUGAUAAUAGGGAUAAAAAAACCUCGUACGCAACCCUCAUUAUGGUCGUAAGAGCUAUUCGGAAGUUGUGGUCGGUGGAAGAGAAGAGAAAUGAAAUGAUUAGUAUGAACGCGAUCCGUUGCGUUGCUGUAUUGAUGACAUCUGAAUGCGAGAUCAUGGGCUACAUUAAAUCCUCUGACAGCGACAGUGACGUCGAAGAACCUAGUAGGCUCCAAGAGGACUUUAUGGGUGGCAUCCUAAAAUGCAUAUGGAGUUUCACUUCGCACCCCGUCGCGUCUUGUGCUGAACAGAUCCAAGGUGACGGCCGCGGCUAUCAGUGCCUGGUGGUGUUAACAAAAACAAACAUGACGAUAGCCAUGAAGUGUUUGACGAACCUGUGCUUCAUAUCGUCCUGCCGGCCGCAGCUCGGUAUGGCGGGAUUCGUCGAAUGUCUCAUAGAGAAUCUGAAGAAGGAGAAGGACGUGUCAUAUUGGCCGGACGGGUCACCUAUGGCUUUGGCCCAACUGAGCGGGGAAUCCGUGAACAGAUCUCGUCUCCGCCGCUGUGGCGGUCUACCUCUACUGGUGACCGCCGCUAAAACAAACACACAUGCGAUGAACGCACUGCUACAAUACGUUUUUGAUGAUUCUUCGUUCCAAAUACUUAUCGGCGAAGGACUUGUUAGUAUAUUGACGGACAAAUUAACUACGUACGUCCGUAACAUGGGAUAUGAGCACAACGUGGAGACCGGUGCGAGCAACAAGCGUAAAGAGAAACCUGUGAACCAGGGUUCUGUGUACGAUGUGGCUGUUCAGAACCUAUCCAGGGAUAUGUACUACCGUCCCGCCUCUGGUUCUUCCAAACGAAAGAGUCAGCUGCUGUCAGAUACAGGGGAUGAUAUGAAGGUUGUGAUAGAAAGGGACAACAUGAUCGUCGGUUUCGUCGACGCCAUAGAGAGCGAGGCGAGCGAGAGCGAGAGCGAAAAUGAGGAAGGUCCUCCGCCCAAAAAAAGAAAUCUGAAACGAUCCAAAUCCAAGAGUCCGAAGAAUUCUAAAAAGAAGUCAACAAACAUAGCAAGUAAAGACUGGUCGUCGGGUGUGUAUUGGGAGCCAAAAAGUCCAGAGUGGCCGCCGAUGCUGCAAUCUAAUCCCUCUACGAGUCCGAAAAAGGAACCCCAAUUACCAGACCUUAAUGUUCAGUACACGGGUCCGGGUUCCGCAGAGAGGUUAAAUUUCGAAUGGAGUCCUGAAUCUGGUGUCAGUAUCGGAGAAUUCUGUACACCGCCUUAUCCACCGUGGAGUCCAACCAGACUGACGCCAUCUCCUUCCAGCUUAAGCAAUGAGGACGAAAGUUCAGACUCCGAAGCCUCGGGCAGCUAUUCACCGGUUUGCAGUGACAACGAUGAAACUAACGAAGGCACUACCACCAAGACACAGGAUGUUGAGGUCAUCGAAAUAGACGAGGAUAGCAACGAAGGGGAAUGUGAUAUGGAAGACCUAAGUAAGCUGAACAUACAUUCAAAGGAAACAAACAUAGCGAGUGUGAUGGUACUAUUGUUUCGCGUAUCUCACGGUACUUGCACCACCUGUGGUAGCAUCAGAGAUGACUCCGUUCCCAACCACACCAUGGAUUACCUCACCACCCGGGAAUGUCUGUAUGGUCUAAUGGACUACGUUGAGAAAUGUAAACGCCCCAUGGGCAGGGCGGCGAGGAUACUAGCCAGGGUGUUGAGUAGCGACCUGUGUCUAAUGAGUGUGAUGAGGCACAGACUAGCGUUAAGACUGCAUCGCAUGUCCACUACUUCUAAACACCCAGCCGCAGAAUGCGUUCAAUGCAAACAGAUUAUGAAACUCUGCAAGAAAUUAAUGAAUCAAAUGGGUUCAUUGGCUGAAUCCAGCUAUGGUAUUGGAAAAAUUAGUUAUCAUCUACUUAAAGGCAGUCCGUCAAUGAAACAUACACUGGCAUUGUCCUUGCCGUAUAUUGUCAAGACUGAAAAAGCAUUAAAGAAAUAUUUAGUAGAUUGCAACGGUCUGAACAUAUUAAUAAAUCUCAUAGACGAUGGCAAAGAAGAAUUACAAGAAUGUGUCACAGCACUUUCAAAACUCGCACAAAACGUUGAUGUGAAGGAUCCUAAACUCUUAGAGAACAGGUACAAAGAAACCGUCCUAAUGAUCUACGAACCGACCUUUGACAGUUUGUCCCCGGACAGUAUCGUGACAUUCAAACUGGACGACUCGUCCACUGUUAGAGCGAACAAAGACUUUUUAUGCCAGCAUUCGGAAUAUUUUAACGCCAUGUUGAUGGGACGCUUCAAGGAAUCCGCUGAGAACUGUGUCCGUCUGAAGAAUGUCACCAAGAGCGGUUUGGAAUACCUCCUGACCUUGUUAGACUGCGGCCUCUACGACGCCCAUUCCGACUUACAAAUCUUUCCAAUGGCGCCAAGUUUGAAGACGAAUCUGGAGGUUCUGUUAUUGGCGGACAGGUUUUUGUUCGAGAAAUUAAAAGAAUUAUUAAGCAGUGCUAUAUUACAGUUCAAACUGGGCCCGACCACCGCUGACAGAAUAUAUACUUGGUCGUUGAGCGAUGGAAUGGGGUUCCUCUGUGUGGAGGCAGUAGCGUAUAUACUUACAGGGAAGAUGUCCGACGAGAACAGAUAUCAAUCGUUUAGUAAAAUACUUAACCUCCAAUACAGGGAUCAGUUUCUUGAAGAUAUUAAGGCUAUGCUUUUAAGGCAAAUGGCAAAAUAAUCCGAGUGGAACAGGGUUCAAAUUCUUAUUGAGGGAUAAAACAAACGAGACCUCAACAAACAAUGAUCUCCAGCAUAGUUAUAUUUUAACAAUGGUGAUUUUGCGUGAAGGAAACUUUAUAUUGUUUUGGUAGCGUGUAUAUAUUUUCUAUGAAUAACAUAACAGCAAUGUUUGAAUGUGCAUUGUUUAACGUAAAUACCAACACAUUUAUAGGUAUUUAUUGUAAAAAUCUACUUCAAUGUAUUACACUCCCACUAGGCAGACAAAACAUGUGUACAAAAAAAAAUUAUUACAAAAUAGCCUAACCAUAAAUGUUCCUGUUUACGAUCAACAUUAUCAUAAAUAAUAGCGUUGGCUGUUCUUACUCGUACGUUCAUUAUAUACGUGAAUGAUAUAUCUAUACAUAUGUAUAUUUAUUUCAUAUAAUAUGUAUGAAUUUUGAGCGUUAGGUAACUAACCAACCUCAAUAAUUUUCUGGCCAAGAUUUGUUAAUCAAACACCAAAAAACAAUUUUUUUUUUAGAUUGAGAUGUGAACACAUCAGGCCUAAUAGAAUAUGAACUGAAGUAAAGUAUACUUUAAUAUCAUUAUUAUGUAUGAAUUGAUGUUUUAGUGAAGGUAUUUACAAUACCUCUUAAUGUAUAACAUAAUUAGCAAUAUCCUAACCUUAUAAUAAUAGGAUAUUAUUUUAGUGCCUCUGUUUAUUAAAUGUACUAAAACUUUGGCUUUUAGGACUAAAGGAAGUAUAUUAUUUGAAAACACAACUUGUAGGUAUAUGACGUGGAGUAAAUGUUUGCGUCAUAAUUCCUUUACAUCAUCCUAUGAUUUUUUUUUUAAACUAAAUGUAAUAAUUUUUGGAAAUUCCACCAAUUAUUAUAGGUUUUAAAAACUUACUUAUAUAAAGGUCUAAGAAUUUAAUUCACAACAAAUUGUUAUUUUGGCUUAUGUGUAACAAUGUGAAUAUAAUCAAAUAUAAGAUUUGAAUUAAAUUUAUGUAUUAGGUAUGGAGAGGCACAUAUAACAUUCCAUAUUAACCUUUGUAUACUCAUCUCAUUUAUCUAUGUAACUGAGUGUCUAAGUGUGUUAUACUCUGUGUAUUCGAGGAAAUUUUUGGUGAUAAAUAAAGUGGAAUGCAAUAAAA